AUGACGGAUGCCGCCCCGCCAAAGCGCCUCGCCUGCAUCGCCUGCACUCGGGCCAAGCGCAAGUGCAGCAAGCAGACGCCCUCGUGCCGCCGCUGCGCCGACAAGAAGCUCGUCUGCCGCUAUCCCGCUCCGCGCGUUGCGCCGCCGUACGACCUCGUCUUCUCGCAGGAUGGCGCCGUCUCGGUGAUUCCUGUGCCGCCGGGGGCCUCGGACAGACACCCGCUGCCCACUCCGCCGUCUCAGAUUGGUGAGCAGCAGCAGAGCCAUACGGAGACAGAGACGGAGAAUCCCUGGUUUCUGUCGCCGUCGUCGUGGGACAUUGACCACAAGCACGGCCCGGUGCCGUCGCAAAUCUCCUUUAGCGAUGAGGCUCUUACGUGGUUCAUCGACCAGCUUCACGUGUGGCUGAGGCAGUGGACUACAGAGGGCCAUUGUCCCUUUAUCCAUCGCCAGCUCUGGAAGAUUCAUCUCCCGGAUCACAUCCAGGACGCAUUCGCCUCCCUGGCCGCAUACCACUCCAAGACGCCCGCGACGGAGAGGACGGUGCUGCGCAUCAUCGAGACGCGCGUCAACAAUCUGGUCGACACCCAGCAUGCCAGCGGCGUCGGGGACUUUGGCGUCAUCAUGCUCGACCCCGCGUGCCAUCUGGCGAGAACCCAGGCUCUCUUGAUAUACAAAAUCAUCCGGCUCUUUGACGGCGACAUCCGCGCUCGUGCCCAGGCCGAGAAGAACAUUGACACCCUCGCCCUGUGGGCCCGACAGCUAUGGCAGAGCGCCGGGCUUGCCCUGUCGUCGAGUUCUCACAAGGAGCCCGUCGACCGCGUGAGCAGCGGCCCGGUUGACACGCAGCUACGGACAGACGGGACCCUCACGUCGACGUGGCAGGCGUGGAUAUUCUCCGAGUCCAUCCGGCGCACGUAUAUGGCGGCCACCCUCACGGAGGCUGUGUACUUGACGCUGAAGCAGGGCUGGGCUCCGUGUCCGGGGGGCAUCGUCUUCUCCGGCGGCGCGGGUCUGUGGGACGCGACAUCGCCGGUUGCUUGGAUGAAGCAUUACCAGGAGAAUGCCGUCAACGGCAUCCGCUGUAUUGAGGGGGAUCAGCUGUUUUCCAGUGCCAGGGUAGCGGACGUGGAUGAGUUUUGCCAAGCGACGAUGAUUGUGUCGUAUGGGCUGGAGAGGUUUGAGCGGUGGCGGACUGAGAAGAUAUGA